CCCAGGCGGAGAGCUCAAGACAAAAAGCUAGGGGUGUUUCGCUGAGGACUGCCAUCAUGGAGACAGAGAGCGAGCAGAACUCGAACUCAGCCAGCGGAAGCUCGGGCUCUGGUGGAAGCACCCGCCCUCAGAUAUCACAGAUGACGCUCUACGAACGGCAGGCUGUGCAGGCUCUUCAGGCCCUUCAGAGGCAGCCCAAUGCAGCCCAGUAUUUCCACCAGUUUAUGCUCCAGCAGCAGCUCAAUAGCGCGCAGCUUCACAGCCUGGCUGCUGUUCAACAGGCCACUAUUGCGGCCAGCCGGCAGGCGAGCUCUCCGAACUCAAGCACCCCUCAGCAGGCGACCACCACACAGGCCUCCAUGAAUUUGGCCACAACGUCCGCCGCGCAGUUGAUUAGCCGCUCACAAAGCGUCAGUUCGCCCAGCGCCACGACCCUCACGCAGUCGGUGCUGCUGGGGAAUGCCACCUCGCCACCGCUGAACCAGUCCCAAGCUCAGAUGUAUCUUCGGCCGCAGCUGGGGAACCUGUUGCAGGUGAACCGGACCUUGGGCCGCAAUGUGCCUCUCACCUCUCAGCUCAUCCUGAUGCCGAACGGGGCCGUGGCUGCUGUUCAGCAGGAGGUGCCGUCCGCUCACUCUCCCGGGGUCCACGCAGACACGGACCAGGUGCAGAACUUGGCCGUCAGGAGCCAGCAGACGUCGGCGGCCAACGUCCAGCUCCAGGCCUCUGCUCCAAAGGCAGCUUUGUCCGGGAAUUCCCAGGCGUCAGUUCAACCUCAGUCAACUCAUGCCGGCCAGACGCUGACGGUGACGCAGGCGUCUUCGGGCAACGUGGGCCAGUCGCUCAACCUCAGCCAGGGAGCAGCGGGGAGCAACGGCCUCUCCGGGAGCAUGGCGUCCUCGGUGGGGAACCAGGCCUCUGCCAGCCUGAGCCAGGCCGUGUCCUCUGGGCCGGGGGGCAGCUGCCAGAGGAAAGGAACCGGCGUGGUCCAGCCCUUGCCGGUCGCCUCCGCUGCCCAGGCCGUCACCGUGAGCCAGGGAAGUCAGACGGAAGCUGACAACGCAGCGGCGAAGAAGGCCGAAGCCGACGGGAGCGGCCCGCAGACUGUGGGCAUGAACCUGACCAGAACGGCUACCCCAGCCCCCAGCCAGACGUUGAUCAGUUCUGCCACCUACACCCAGAUCCAGCCCCACUCGCUGAUCCAGCAGCAGCAGCAGAUCCACCUCCAGAAGCAGGUCGUGAUCCAGCAGCAGAUCGCCAUCCACCACCAGCAGCAGUUCCAGCACCGCCAGUCCCAGCUCCUCCACACAGCCACCCACCUCCAGCUGGCACAGCAGCAGCCGCCCCAGGCCCCGCCCCUGGCCCCGCCCCAAGCCUCGCCCCUCCAGGGCCAGCAACCUGCCCAGACCCUGGUGGUCCAGCCCAUGCUCCACUCACAGCCUCCGCAUGUGCAGCAGCCGCAGGAGGGCCACUGCCAGGCGUCCACCAAACCGCCAGUCCCCAUCCAGUCCAGGCCACCCCUCGCCCCGCUCAAGGCCCCCCUGCUGGGGGCCGCCAAGAUGUCAGCCUCCCAGCAGCCCCCGCCCCACAUCCCGGUGCAGGUGGUGGGCAGCCGCCAGCAGGGCCCGGGCCAGGCCCAGCCCCUGGGCCUGCCCCAGGCAAACGCCGCCGGGCAGCCGUCCCGGGGGGUUCCCGCUGUGGUCCAGCCGGUGUCCCAGGCCCACGCAGGCCCCCUGCAGCCCCAGGGGCCCGCGGCUUCGUUUCCCUCCUCCCCGCCCCCUCCCCAGGAAGCCCCUCCCUCGCUCGCCCCCGGGGUCAACGUGGCGCAGGUCCAGGGCACGGCGCAGGUGGUGAAGAGCGUGGCUUCCUCUCCCGGUGUGGCUCAGGCAGCGGCCUACUACGUGCAGCCCGUCCAGCUGCCUAGCAAGCCCCAGACUUUGGCAGUCAAGCGCAAAGCGGAAUCCGAGGAGGAGAGAGACGAGCCCGGCGCGCCACCUUCUCUCCUGCCCGCCAAGUCGUCUCCUGCGGCGGAGAGUCCCAAAGUCAUGGAAGAGAAGAGCGGCCUCGGAGGAGACGGGAACAGAGAGAAAUCAGAGUCUGCCCCCAGCGCUGCCUCCAACGUAUCCCCAGGUGACCAGGGCUCCGUUGCGCCAUCGUCGGGUCCGUCGUCUGCACUGGGGAUGGUGUCCCGUCAGUUGGGAGACUCCAAACCUCCCCAAGCCAUCGUCAAGCCCCAGAUUCUCACACACAUCAUAGAGGGUUUCGUCAUCCAGGAAGGGGCAGAGCCGUUUCCGGUGGGUUGUUCUCAGCUCCUGAAGGAGUUUGAAAAGCCUCUUCAGGGAGGGGCUCCCUCCAGACAGACUGAGAGCCAACCUAGCAACUCCCCAGGAGGCGACAGCAUGACAGCAGAGCAAGACAAGAAAGGGAACCUGCUGCAGUGUGAAUUCUGUGGGAAAUACAGCCCCGCCAAUCAAUUCCGCGGUUCUAAGAGAUUCUGUUCUGUAACAUGUGCCAAGAGGUACAACGUGGGAUGCAGCCACCAGCUCCGUUUGCAAAGGAAGAAGAUGAAGGAGAUCCAGGAAGCCAGCUAUGCCCGUCGACGGCGUGGGCCCCGGCGCAGCAGCUCGGAGAUCGCCCGCGCCAAGAUCCAGGGCAAGCGCCAUCGGGGCCAAGAAGACUCCAGCCGAGGGUCUGACAACUCCAGCUACGACGAAGCGCUGUCCCCCACAUCUCCGGGGCCCCUCUCCGUCAGAGCCGUUCAUGGAGAACGAGACCUGACCGGUUCAAACAUGAUUCCGCCAACCACCGACCUCCACGGCAUCAACCCGGUCUUCCUCUCCAGCAACCCCAGCCGCUGGAGCGUAGAGGAAGUGUACGAGUUCAUUGCCUCCUUACAAGGCUGCCAGGAGAUCGCAGAGGAGUUCCGUUCCCAGGAGAUUGACGGCCAGGCUUUGCUCCUGCUGAAGGAGGAGCACCUCAUGAGCGCCAUGAACAUCAAGCUGGGCCCGGCCCUCAAGAUCUGUGCCAAGAUCAACGUCCUCAAAGAGACCUAAUGGCAUG